AUCAAACAGAGUCCAAUAAUCCCGUAAAAACAAACACCGAAGCGCAUAGACAUCUGACAGCAGGCAGAAACAACCAAGCAUAUUAAAUUUGUGUUAUUAAAAAAGUCUCAUCAGAGUAUCGUGCAUUUUGACUGCGUGAAAUGGGUUGUUCCGGCCACUUUCACUAAAAGAAGUCUGCCUCCUGUGGUCCUCACCUACCUGUCUGCUGCCUCCUCAAGGGCUUCCAUCAACAUGCUGAGAGAGAGUUCCAAGGCAUGGAGCAACGGCUCCGAGGCCUACAGCAGUGACCCUGAAGAAGACGAGGAAGAGGAAGAGGAGAUGGUGUUUGGGGAGACUGACCAGGAAAGCAUGGCAGAGGAGAUGAUGGAUUUGAGCGACCUCCCAACAGCACUCUUUGCAUGCAGCGUCCAUGAAGCUGUGUUUGAGGAGGAUGUUCACAGGGAGAGAUUCGAGGCGUUGUUUAGGAUCUACGAUGAACAGACGACUUUCCAGAUGUUCAAAAGCUUCCGAAGAGUCCGGAUCAACUUUAGCACCCCAGAGGCAGCAGCCCGCGCUCGCAUCGAGCUGCACGAGUCUGAGUUCAACGGCAAGAAGCUCAAACUCUACUUCGCGCAGAUCCAGAACGGCGAAGAGGACAUCGACAAAUCGUACCUGGCCCCCCCUCAGCCCGUCAAACAGUUCCUGAUCUCACCACCUGCCUCGCCACCUGUGGGCUGGAGCCAGAGUGAAGAUGCUACACCUGUCAUCAACUACGACCUGCUGUGUGCAGUAGCUAAGCUAGGACCUGGAGAAAAGUACGAGCUUCAUGCAGGCACAGAGUCCACCCCCAGCGUGGUCGUCCACGUGUGUGAGAGCGAGACAGAGGAGGACGAGGCGGCGCGGCCAAAGCAGCAGAUUGUCCAGACCAGACGUCCCGAGGGACCCCCGAAAGUCUUCAACUAGAGAGGCCUCCCCGCGACACCGGCGCGGCCCCCGACCGCCCCUUAACAAAAACCUGCGACACACCUGCCCUCUCUCUCUCGUCUCUGCACUCACAGAGAGCGUUGAUGCCCCUCAUUUCAGUUCAACUACAAGCAAAAACAAAAACCAACAAACAUUGCUCUAGAGACGGUGUUUGUGGGGAGCGUGGCGAUGGAAUGAGGCGGCUUGAAGGGGAUGGAUGAGAAUCACACACACACUCAUCACAUUCUUGCGGACAGCGUGGGGAGCGGUGGGCAUGCUUUGCCUCCAAUCCCACCAACCCCCCUUUCUGCAAGAGGGAUUGGGAAUAUACCUGUCCCAACGCAGGCACCUGUCACUUUUCACACACACUCAGCUCUCUUUGCUAGUCAGUAUCUUGCUAGUUAGUUAGCUUGUUAGCUUGUACCUCUCCUUUCGUCUCACUGUUGUUCUGCCAUACCUCUCCACAAAGACAUUUUUCUUCUUCUUCCUUUUUUUUUACUAUGAAUUGUGUUCUCAGACUACACACACACAUACACACAUAUGUGUGAAUUUGUUUUCAUUUAUUUGCAUAUCUGCUGGUUUGUCGCUUCAGCUUGCAUCAAGAUUGAGUGUGUGAUGUUCCCGCUCUUGUCUGCAUGUAUAUACUGUAUAACAAAAAAAUACGUACAGAAACACAAAUACUAACAAGAUAUAUCAAGAAAAAGGAACUUAUUUAACAUCACACACAGCACGAAGCGCCAUAUGUGACUAACAAAGUUGUGGUGGUUGUUUGAUUCUUGUUUUUUCUUUUCUUUUUUUGGCUUGAUUUUGCUUUUUGUCUUUUUAUUUGGAGAGGUGUUGUUUUUUUCGCUGAACUACUUCGAUGUGUAUUCUUACUAUGUAUUUGAUACCCCAAUACUUUUUGCAUGCUUAGUUAUUUCCGUAGAUGAGGAGCUGAGGUGUUUUUUUAUUGAUGUUUGUGAAGAAACAGGAAAUAGUGUGACGCUUUUGAUGAAAGUGCAUAUCCCUGCACGGAGUUUAGAAACAAUGAUUUUGUUCUUUUGUAAGACUGACAGUUCAGUAUUCAACUUGAUGGCAAAUCAGCACUCAUCUCUUUUGAUGGGAUUUGACGAAUCAGAGACAGUUCAUCCCCCUCUUUUUCUUCAAGGGGUUUGGAAAGCUGAUUUUUUUUUUCUGUUGUAUUUCACAUCUUUGAUGUCUUUUGUUUGAUGAACCCACCUUUUAUGUGUCAGGAUUUUCUUCUGAAACCAUUUACUAAUUGGGUUUUUUGCACAGAGUAUCUCUUGAUAUCCCCCAGCAUUGGCAGAGCUCUUGGCCGUCUCCUGCUGCGCACCAGAAAUUAAAACUGUGCUGCUUCUUGCUGUAAAUAUCUGAGCAGUAGAUUUGUGAAAUAGUCCAUCUAGAUUUUGUAGUUUACCUGAAAGCAUUUUGCUGAGAAGGGAAAAUUUGAUAGCCUCAUGAGAUACCAACCAAAGCAUUCACUCAACUCAUACGUCACUCAUUUUUCCAUGAUUUACUCAUAUACUAUGUAAGUUGGCAGAAAGAGGUCAAAGUUACACAUUACAACUGCAACUUUCAAUUUUAUUUUUGCACUAAUUCCUUUUAGCAAUCAGUUUAAACUCAAACAUAAACUCCAAAUACUUUUCCUUUUGUCUGGUUAAUCCUCCACAAAUCUCCUCAUCAUAUCAGUGAAUAUUUUACCGCUUCAAAAGCAACAUAGAUCAAUUUUCCUCACAAAGCUUUUGGGUGUCAGCAGUGAGUCUAAACCUUAUCUGUCAUUAGGCAGCAUGAAAUCUAACGUGACUAUUUUUGCUAUGUAAAAAAUUUAGUGAGCAAAAGAGAAGUCUGUCUGCAUGUGAGCACUUUAUCGUCAGUGUUUUGUUUGUUUCCUUCUUCUAAAACAGACAAGCACAUAGCAUUUCUCUCUCUCUUUUCUGUUCUUUCUUUUUCUUUAAUCUCAAGCUGAUCACCUGGUUAGCCUUUCCACCAGCAUUCUGCAGUGAGAGAAAACACUCCACUUCCUUUUUGCUUGGGUGAAUUUCAGAGAAUUUCAGGCCUUCUAGAUAAACGUGAGUGAGCUGCUGUAAAGAUGUAGACAGAAAGUACUGUGAUAGACUUUAAAUGAAGCAGGAUGACACUACAAAACAAAAUCAAAGGCUUUGUUUGCGUGUUUGUCGUCAAGAAACAUUCAUUUUAUCUUGUGAGAAAGAAGUUCUUUUUGAAAAGUGUGGCGUUGUCGGAGUGCAGUUUUAUUGGCACUACUGUAAAGCUGUUGCGGCUAUCUAAGCAGACAGCAGAUUGGAGGAACUACUGAGGCGGGUGAUGAAAAAGAGGAAGCAGCGGGAGGAAGACACUCGUGAAGAUUUUUUUACUCUCUGUGGUCAUGGUGUUUCAAACUGGGUGCAUUAUGGUCACAGUUGAAAUGAAAAUGUAUAUUUAUGUACAUAUGCCAAGUGUUUUUUUGUUGCUGAGGCCAGUCCCAGUGUGCAGUUUGUUACGGCUUCUCUUGGCAAUGUUGUAAUGGAAAAAAGAAACACAAAAAAAAUCCAAAAUGUUUAAUAACGUCCUUACAAUGCUCAAUCAAAAACAAACUGUCAUUGUGUUGUGUUCAACAUGGACUCUGUUUGAAUGUUUCUUUUAUUUCUGGGGAACGUCUACUAAAAAGGUCAAUAAUGCCGUUCGUCACUGUUGUACUGUUUCUGUUGAAAUAUGAAUAUUGUGUCUUGUAUUGUAGGAAUCCAGAAAACAAAGUAGCAAAACAAGCAAUAAUUUACAGUUCUAUGAUACCAGUAUGUGUAUUUUCAUGUUCUGUACUUAUUUCUCAGAGAUGGUCUCUGUCUCUUACAGUAUCCGCUUCUAUUUGUGUAGUAUAAUAGCAAUUUGUUUCACAUAGACAAAUACAUAAAGACUUAUUCUUAAAA